UACCACGAUAAAAACUCUAUUUCAGGGAGAAGUGUUUCGCGUAUCGGACGUAUCUAAACGUUGUUUUUGUAAUAUCAAAUUGUCCAUAGUUGAGAUUCGGGAGAAAUUCUUGUUUCUGAUAGAGAGAAUUGCGAACAAUUAAUAUAUAUCAAUGGCUUAUGGGAACUAUUCAGCCCUUUACAAGAAAUGGAAGAUUUGUGUCCUUGGUUCAGCCCUCACCUUGCAAACCAAGAGAGUAUGUAUAGACACAUGCAUCUACAGAGAAAUGGGCAUUCUCGGCAAGGACACGAAAAAGUUGGAAAAAAAGUGCGAGAAGAAAUCGAUUGUUGAGAACUGCGCUGAUGAAAGCCGGAGUGUCAGUGAUAAUGGCGAUGUGGAGAUCACCAUCAGUGUGCAGACUUCAGGGUGGACUGUCGAUGAGUUAGGAAGGCGGCAGGUGAUUCCUCACGCAGAACUUGAUGGCAAAACGAAGUGGUCUCGGAAAACUUUCAUCCUCAAAAGAUGUGGCGAAAUCGUAUCACAUCUUGAGGCGGAGGUGAUUGUUGUUCGUGGAGCGGAUAGACUCGUUCUUCCAGUGACCGUGCAGAUUCAGUUACCGAGUAUGGAUUCAGGCUGCACCACCAAAACGUCGAGCUUGGUGUCCUCUUCCAGCAGCGACGACUCCCUGCCAAAGUCAAAGGAGGAGACCAAGGUCGACAAUAGCCACAAAGUGUCCGUAGAUGAGACGUGCAAGAGUGUGACUGUUUCGGAAGUAACCCAACCUGAAGAGGACUUGGAAGCUCGCUGCACAAAGCUUAGCUUAAUUGAGCCGAACCAUUUGAAUGUUGGUGUUGAUGAGCCGAUAAAGAGCGAGGACUCCAAACAUCGCAUCAGUGCAGAAAGUGGUUAUUUUGACAAGUGAUUCCGAUGAUUUUCGUUCAAAAGUUUGAAAAUUUUGCUCAAACUUGAAGAUUUCUAAUGUGUAAAUACGCACUGCACAUAAUACAAAGUUCAACUCUGCCGUUGUAUGGACGGACAUACAUACAUUAUACCAGUACUAUAGAUACCAUGUUUCAGCAAAUUCGCAUGUAUAAUAACUGCACUUCAGCAUUGUGUUUUUCUAUUUUCCUGGGCCAGUAGUAAAAACUAUAACGGGAACCAACCCGCGAACGGUGGAACCGCGCGGUGCAUGCGCACAGGCGUUGGAUAACUUGGGUUUCGAUGCUUGGAAAAUGUAACUUACCACAAAAUCUGUCGGGCGCGGGAAUCCCUUCGCUGUGAUGGAAUCAGCCACUUGGAGUGGCAUUGAUUUAUACAGGCAAGAGGCUCGGAGGGCUUUAUUGGGAACGAACAGUGUCGCUGGCGGCUGUGCUUUCUGAAUUUGUUCGUGGACUGUAUCUAUACUUUCAGGAUCGAUAUUUUUGCCUUUAGGAGAACAGUGACUUUGAACAUGUUGAAAAAAAGCUUUCACAGCCAAUUAGAUCUGUCAAAUCGUGAAAUAUUCGUUUUACUUUAUGUGUGAUAACUUCAAGGUUUGGAGUGGUCCGAACAACGCGGCGCAGUUUUAGUUAAGCCAUAACAUUGUGUGUAUGAGUGCCAUAUAAAUAAGUUUUGUUGUGUUGUUUUUUAUAUUUUUGCCCAUCACAAGAAUGCCAUUUUGUGUUCAUAUGCAUGAUGCCAAUUUGAAGUAAUGUGUUCUUGAUGAUAGUGAAAUUAGUAAUCUAAAGAGUCUAAAAGCAUAGUUUUCCCCUAUGUACCACACAAACCGGUUAGAGUGUAAUAUAAUUUCGUAUUUCGUAUUUUAACCGCGACACUACUUUUGGGCCAUAAUGGUUCAAACCCACUGACAUAAACAAUAUGAACAUGUACACGUAUAUAGCAAAGUAAAAAUAAUGAUUAUUUCUAUAAAUAUUAAAUUCGAAUAUGUUUUUUAUCGCCAUGGGGCGAAUAUUAGUGACCAACCCCACUCGAAGGAGACAAGCUGCUCGAUUUGCUCGACACCAAAUACCAUUAAAAAUCUUAUUUACAUAUUUAUGACAUUUCCGCAGCUAAUGCUUUGUUUUGUCGAAUAAAAAUCCGCGUCCUUUUAAUGAAAAAAAAUGUAAUUAACGUUCAACUGCACCAAGCUAUACGGCUCAAAACCAGGCGGUUAUUGAAGAAAUGUAUUUACUAUCCUUUGGUAACAGUCAACUCUGGAGACAGUCAACAACCCUGCGCAAAUAUAUACAACGCCUUCCAUCUUGUCAGAAGUGCAUGUUACAUUCUCACGAUUCAGCACGAAAACAUACUCAAAUCCACAUUAAUUUAUUAUCGGACUGACAAAUUCGCAAAAUGUCGUCAAUAUUAACAGAGGGCAACGUUUCAGUAUUUACAAAGUCUGUUGAAGAGUCAAGGGAAUAUAUUAAGUGGUGCGUUUUGUUUGUGCUUAUCAAUCGUGAAUAAGCCUUCUUUCAGCUGAGAACACCGCAUACAAUACCCACUUUGAAGAUGAAGAUUGCUGUCCUACUGUCGCUUGUUGUGCUGGUCAAUGUGUGUUCUGCCGGUCGCACCACCCAGGCGAUGAAAGAUGCCUGCGCAGCCUUUGCGAACGCUGGUAUUGAGACCCAGGAAUCAUGUGAUGAGUACAUUCAGGAUUGCGACAACGGGAGGGACAGCCCCUGUAACAAAUUGGCAAUGAUGGUCGAAGAGCAAGUGAAUCUCCCUUAGAAAUAGAGCAUUCUCCUGCAUGCCACAUUUCAUGUAUCCCUCUGGUUAAUAAAUCAGAGACUGUA